CUUCCUCAUCGCUUCUAUAGAGUGGAACACAUCUGCACUACCAGCCCACAUAGGGGGUGGCUGUCCACACACCGCAUCACUACCAACGGCAUCGCUGCACCAGUGGGUUGUGAGACAGCAGAGCUCCAGUGGAGAGACUGUUUUAGCCUGAGUCUGAGCCCACAUCAGGAGUUCUACACUCACCCAAGUCCUGCCUUGUCCAACCUGAACCAGCCAUUUUCUGACUUGCCAAGCCCUUCACAACCCAGCCAUGGAUGCCCUGUCCUCCCUGAGCUCCUCAACCUCCUGCUCUCAUCUGUACCUCUGGGCCAGCAACACAACCAACAGCAGCGCUAUUAACAUUGAUGUGAUCCUGGAGCACUACAACCACACAGGGCGCCUGCAGCAUCGCGUGCCCCGCCAGGGUGGCCUGAGCUCGGCAGCGGUCCUCUCCCUCUUCAUCAGCGUCCUCAUCAUCCUGGAGAACCUGCUGGUCCUAGUGGCCGUGCUCUCCCGGAUCCUCCACAGCCGCCGCUGGGUCUACGUGUGCAUCGCCAACAUCACCCUGAGCGACCUGCUGGCCGGGGCGGCCUACGUGGUCAACAUCUGGAUGUCGGGCAGCCAGACGUUCAGACUGAGCCCGGCUCUGUGGCUGUUCAGGGAGGGGGUACUGUUCGUGGCCCUCGCCGCCUCCAUCUUCAGCCUGCUGCUGAUAGCUGUGGAGCGCUACACCACCAUGAUGAAGCCGCUGCACCAGAAGUCGGCCAGGAAGACGUAUCGUAUCUACGGCCUGGUGGCGCUGUGCUGGAUCGUGGCCUUCGCCAUCGGCUUCCUCCCCCUGCUGGGCUGGAACUGCGUGUGCAGCCUGGAGAGCUGCUCUACCCUGCUGCCGCUCUACUCCAAGAGCUACAUCCUCUUCUCCCUUCUCAUCUUCUCCCUCAUCCUGCUGGCUAUCGGCGUGCUCUAUGGCGCCAUCUACAGCCACGUGCGCAGCAGCUCCAAGGUGGGCUCCCAGCGCAGCCGCAAGCGCUCCCUGGGGCUGCUGAAGACAGUCAUCUCCAUCGUGGGUGUGUUCAUCAUAUGCUGGGGGCCUCUGUUCAUCCUGCUGCUGGUGGACUUCUUCUGUGUGUCGCGGCAGUGCGCACCGCUCUUCAGCGCCGACUGGGUCAUCGCCCUGGCCGUGAUAAACUCGGCCCUGAACCCGGUCAUCUACACCCUGGGCAGCACAGAGCUGAGGAAGGCCAUUGCCGGCUUGUUGUGCUGCUGCUGCCUCAGGGCAGGCCUCUGUCACCCUGACACCUUUGUGUCCAAGGAGACCAGCAGCACCGGGAGCAUCAGGCACAGCAGCCUGAGGAACAGUUUCAAUAAGAUCAGGAGUCUCACUGUCAGCCCCCCGCCUGCACCCAAUGCCCCCAAGAAGAGCCGCCGCCUGAGCUCCACCACCACCUGCCUGUCUGUGUCAAGCGGUUAGACCACAACGGGCUGCCUGGGGCAGGCGUAGCUGUGUGUGUGUUUGAGAGACAUAGAGAGAGAGAGAGUCAGUGGAGGCUCCUCAGAGGAGGAAGGGGGGGGGGGGCUUCCUACUCAGGGAGUUUCAUAAAAGUAAAAAUAUUACAAAUACAAAUAUAAAUUAUUCAUUUGUAGCAUACUGCAAUUAAAGCCAGACUAAGUCAAUGGCACAGAUGGAACUAUUCAAGGAGAAGAUCUCCAUCAAAAAUCGAAGUUAAAGAAUAUGACUAAAUCUAAUCAAAUUUAAAUGCAAUUUAAAUCAAGUUUGAUUUAGUCUUACCAGUCUCAUUUGAUUUAGUCUUAAUAGCUGUUGAUGAAUUUGCAAUGCUAUAUAGACCUAAAUAGUAUAAUUGAUGAUAUAGGACUUAUAAUGUAUGGUUACGUUUCCUUUGCUCUGUUAAACCUACCCUUUGGAACUACUUUGAUAGCAACAGUGAAUAUAUUUAGUUAUUGAGAGGUCUCUGAAUAAUCACUCACAAUAGCACAUUGGUAGUAGGUGAUAUAAAAACUAAGCUGGGUUUGGUUAAAACCCUGUAUUGGAGACCAAAUGAAUAGUUGUAGAUCAAUUCUCCAAUAGGAGGAUAUUGGACAUUCCGUUGAAGAUCUGACAUUGUUUCAAAAGGUACAAAUUCAAUUUACUGUAUUUUAAAGAAGGGUUGUCUAUGUUGAAAAGUGGUUACUAUGAUGACAUAAUCCUGUGGUUGAAAUUUCACCCUCAAAACAAGUUUGACUUUUUUCAAAUCCAAUGUAUUUUCCACGUAACAUAUACAUUGUCUAAUUACACUGAGACAAUGUGUAUUUUCCACGUAACAUAUACAUUGUCUAAUUACACUGAGACAAUGUUGAUUCAACCAGUUUGUGCCCAGUGGGUCAUGGUAGGUAUAGGGCAAAUUCUAGUAUCAUGUAGUAGCCUAAACCUAUCGAUGUUAAAUUGAGCUGGAUGAAUGGAAUAUGAAAUGACAGUCAUCCAAUAUGCUGAAAUAGAAAUAAGGCCAAGCUCAUAAGAAAAAGAUUGUCCUCCCAAAUCUGAAAGGGCACUAACUGGUGUGUGUGUGUGUGUGUGUGUGUCUGUCUGUGUUACCACAGAGAAUGCAGUUCCUCCAUUAUCUAGCUCCACCCAAAUGUGGCCUUGAUACAACCAGGUCUACAUACAACGGUUUUCUCUGUUGUUGGUUUUGUUCAUUGUCUUCAUUGUCAUCAGCCCAGGACCUGGUACAUUGACGAAAGAGCAUCUUUUUGGUUCUCUGUUACUGUAGCAACACCAAUCUGUUUCAUUUUAUGCAUUCCAAUUUAUUUUUUUUAUUAAAAAAGGAGUUCAAACUCGUUCAAGAUUUAUCAUAAAAUAUGCACUAUGGAAGCUGCUUUUGUUUCACUGUUUCAGCCUUGAAACAGAUACUCUUUUACUGUGAAGAUGGUUUUCAUUGAAAGGGGUGCUUUCUUAUUGCACCACUUAAAUACAACUGAAUUAAAAACAACAACAAAAAUAUGUAGAUAUAUUUAGAAAAUGCAAUAUUAUUUAUACAUACACUGAGUGGACAAAACAUUAAGGACACCUGCUCUUUCCAUGACAAAAACUGACCAGGUGAAUCCAAGUGAAAGCUAUGAUCCCUUUUUGAUGUCACUUGUUAAAUCCGCUUCAAUCGGUGUAGAUGAAGGGGAGGAGACGGGUUAAAGAAGGAUUUUUUAAGCAACUCAAUAUUUGGAAGGCGUCCCUAAUGUUUUGUACACUCAGCAAACAUUGUACAGCAUAGUAGUUGAAUACAUGUUUUCAAUUGGUUAAACAUUUAUUUUGUUCAAUAUUGUUUUUAAGAGUAUACAUUUGUUGAACGCUUUACUAUUGCUGUUAUUCUGAAAGAGGAUUAUAUUUCUGUUAUUUUGUACAUUGACAAUGUAUAAAUAAAUAUUUUAACAAAAUA